UGAAGCCACAGAGCUCCGAGCUGUCAACCACUGUGGACGUACCAGACUUUUAAAAGCAGACAAUGGACAUGAAGCCAACUGAAGGUAACUAUGAUUACUAUGAAUACGAUGAGUCGGAGAACUCCACCAUGUGUGACUACUCGGAGUGGACCCCCUCGUACUCCGUCAUCCCGGUGCUCUACAUGCUCAUCUUCAUCCUCGGCCUCUCCGGGAACGGGGUGGUCAUCUUCACCGUGUGGAGGGCGCAGGGCAAGCGGCGCGCGGCGGACGUCUACAUCGGGAACCUGGCCCUGGCUGACCUCACCUUCGUGGUCACGCUGCCCCUGUGGGCCGUGUACACCGCCAUGGGCUACCACUGGCCCUUCGGGGUGGCCCUGUGCAAGAUCAGCAGCUACGUGGUGCUGCUCAACAUGUACGCCAGCGUCUUCUGCCUCACCUGCAUGAGCUUCGACCGCUACCUGGCCAUCGUGCACUCGCUGUCCAGCACCCAGCUGCGCUCCCGCGGCCACACGCGCGGCUGCCUCAUCGGCAUCUGGCUGCUGUCCGGGCUCCUCGCCGCGCCCACCCUGGUGUUCCGCACCACCAAGGACGACCCCAGCAGCAACCGCACCUCCUGCGCCAUGGACUUCAGCCUGGUGCUGACCAGCAAGGAGGAGGAGGGCCUGUGGAUCGCCGGCCUCAGCAUCUCCUCCUCGGCGCUGGGCUUCCUCCUGCCCUUCCUGGCCAUGAUGGUGUGCUACGGCUUCAUCGGCUGCACCGUCACCCGCCACUUCAACACCCUGCGCAAGGAGGACCAGCGCAAGAGGAGGCUGCUGAAGAUCAUCACCACGCUGGUGGUGGUGUUCGCCGCCUGCUGGACGCCCUUCCACCUGGUGAAGAGCGCGGACGCCCUCUCCUACCUGGACCUGUUCCCCGCCACCUGUGCGUUCCUGCGCUUCCUGCUGCUGGCCCACCCGUACGCCACCUGCCUGGCCUACAUCAACAGCUGCCUCAACCCCUUCCUCUACGCCUUCUUCGACCUGCGCUUCAGGUCCCAGUGCCUGUGCCUCCUCAACCUGAAGAAGUCCCUGCACGCCAGCCCGGCCAGCUCCCUGUCCUCCCAGAAGACAGAGGCCCAGUCCCUGGCCACCAAGGUGUGACGUCUGCUGGGGGCCCAGGGGCAUGCUGGGGAAGAGGUGAAAGAUGCAGGACAAUGCAGGUGAAUCAGAACUGUGCAGCUGAUGUGUGCUUCCUCCCAGGUCGUCCAGGGAGUCAUCCUCCGACCCCCCCUCUGUGGACUACAAGGUGACCCUCAGGCUUGUGGAGUCUGGGUCUCGCCACACUCAAACUCCCACUUUCAGCUGCAGGGAGGCAAAACUUUACCAGGGGACCAAGAGAUGAAAUGAUUUAUAUAUUUUUUUUUUUUGAAAAAGUGGAAUGUAUUUUGAAAAAAAAAAAGGACAACACACUCAUGAGUUCCUCUUGGCUCUCCCAUGUGGACUUGAUGCCAAGUGCUGAGCUUUGAACUAUGAAAACCCUGCCGUCAAUACUCAUACAUGUGCCCCCCCCCACCCCUGCUGUUCUUGUUUUCAUUUGUAAGCACUUGAGGUGUGAAACCCACCAGACCGUCCCGCUCUCCAGCUCCAGUCUGUAGUAUCUGCAUCACAGCCAGCAGUUUAGAGAGUGUGUGUGUGUGUGUGUGUGUGUGUGUGUGUGUGUGUGUGUGUGUGUGUGUGUGUGUGUGUGUGUGUGUGUGUGUGUGUGUGUGUGUGUGUGUGUGUGUGUGUGUGUGUGUGUGUGUGUGUGUGUGUGUGUGUAGGAAGGAUGUGCCAGUCGGUGAGAGGUGUUCGAGUGUGAUAAGGGUGUUGUAAGGAGAGACGGGGAAGGGGUGGGAGUCCCCAGACGGACAGACAGACAGAUGGCAGCUGACAAAUGUUUUCAGGCUGGUGCAGGGCCCAAUUAGAAGGUGACUGCUUUGACGGUCUGUUGGUGUUUGUGUGUCUCUGUGUGUGUGAAGGAAUGAGUUUGCUUGUGUGUGUGUGUGUGUGUUGAUAGUCAGAAUGACAAUGAAUUUGCUCCUGACAAAUACAUGAAAGAAUUUUUGUGAAUACACAGUACUUUGAAUCCAAUGUCUAUGAUUUUGUAAUAAAACAGAAAAAAAUGUGCUUUACAAAAAA